AUGUAUCACAACGAGCCUUGGAAGGAUGGACAUCGCAGACUCCAACAUGGGCGCAAAAAGAAUGACCAACUCUUCCGGUUUCGCAAGCGGUCCAUUGUUCUUCUUUCUACCUACCUCUCAAUGUUGAUCACUCCGUGGGCUCUCACUUGCAUUCUUGUACGCCGUCCAAUCUCCAGGCCUUCCUACCUCGAUCAAGCAAUAGGCCUCGCCGAACGCGAUAUCAGCGAGAUGGAACAAUGGUACUCGUUCAUCCGCAUCCUAGACCGCAUCACCUCCACCAUCGCCGUCCCCGUCGUGUCCGCACUCUUGGCUCAAGCUGCUGUCAUCUAUACCCAGCGUCGCAAAUCAUCACAGAAGCUAGGCAUCCGUCAGAUGCUGGCUCUGGCUAAUGGUGGGUGGAAGAAUCCGAUUGUCUUAUGGAAUGCGGUCGCCCUCCCAGGGAUGAGAGAGGAACUAAUAUCCUCGACACCUUUUCUCUGGGGAGCAGCAGCUCUCACGCUUCUCGUGGUGCAAACAACAAUGGAAAAGAUUCUUACGGCGAGUGACCACGAUGUCCAAACAAACUUAUGGCAGGAAGGCCCUGGUUCAGGAGACGCCAUGUAUUUCAAAGAUACGCUUCGAAGCUCAUUCUACUGGCUCUUCGAGCUUUCCGAUUCUCCUCGCUAUUUUGUCUCGGCUCUGCCAAAUGGCACUACAACAGGCGUGCUGCGCCAACAUGCAGCAAGGAUGGACACACAGGUGAACUGCACCCUCGUGGAGAGCUUCCCGUCGCCUUGCCCUGGUCAGAGACCUUUCCAGGCGGCCUUCUCUCACGACAUAGCGUCGGUGCGUAUCUGUGCGGAGGGAGCAUUCGACCAAUCGCCUUGGACAAGAAGCCGGGACAGGGAGGCGGUUUCAGAACAGCUCUGGAUCCAAGUCGACGGCCGGUCUAUUGAUUUACAGCGAGACAGUAACUACACCAUGCGAUGCGACGCCAACUCGACUAGGGGAUGGUUUGAGCUUGGAAACCUUCAAAAUAAUUACACACACGGGCCCCUACUUAAGAGUUGGCCCACUGCGGAAGAGAUUCGCACAGUUUUCAACGACAAGAGUCCUAUAACGAGUCUUAAUGAUUACCCCUCUCGAGAAGAGCCAGAGCCAAGACAUCUGUACUUUUCAGACUGGGAGCAUCCGCCGGAUCCUUUUCACACUUAUGCAUUACCAACUCCUGGGCCACUCACGACGGCGGCGUUAGCCAUGUUCGGCAACUCGAGCUUCUUCUAUACAGCAAAGAUGGCGCAAGGGGACGCGAGUCUCAGUCGAACCUUCACUCAGAUCUGCCAGCAUGGAAGACUUCCCUUCUAUCGAUUUAAUGGGGUAUGGGACUUUUCUACUGGACUCACCUCAGUGUCCUGCAACCAUAUCCUUCCUCGAUACGGAGCUAAACCAGAGUGGCUUGCUGAGCUCGUUCUGGCUUUGUUUAGGCGCAUGGGAAAUCCUGAUACGACUAGAAGAAUGUUCGAGAUGGCGUCCUAUUUCGCGAACGAGGCGCUCUUGAUACACACGGCGCAGCGCGAUAUUCGCGAUUCGAGGGAAAUCAUGUCUGCACCAGGCGCGAGGCUGAUUAAACCCCAGGGAUCACUCCACUCGCUUGUUAUCCUCUCGAUACUUAUUGGCGUUCAAUCACUCGCACUGAUAAUUAUUGGGUGUUACAUCUACUCUCAGCCGACAUGGACCGGGGCUCUCGAUGCGGAGGUGCUGAUCAAUUUGGGGGUACAACUUGGAGAAGAAGGGCAAGAAAUAUCGAAGACGAGUGGGAUAAUUGGAGUCGUUCUGGAGGACAAGACCGAGACAUUGUCAGUGGCAUCAAUGUCUGAUGAGGAGCAGCCAACGCAGAUGGCACGAGAAAAUUUCCCCGAGCCGCUGUCAGGGGAGAGACACGAUGCGGUUGCAAUAGGCCUCGGCGGCCUGGGGCCUAUCACCAAGAAGUUGACACCCAAAACAUGGAAGAUGGCAUAG